AUGAAGCCCUCGCUGCUCCCGGGUCUGGUGUUCCUGUGCAUGCUGCUCCUGUCUGCCCUGGGAGGGACGAAAAACAAGUAUUAUCCGGGAGAACUGUUUCUUGAGGAGUGCUGGGGACAGCCCAAAGCUAAUGACUGCAUCAAGAAGUGUUCUAGAACUUUCAAAUGUGUAUACAGAAAUCACACAUGCUGCUGGACCUACUGUGGUAACAUCUGUGCAGAAAAUGGGAAAUUUUUUGAAAGAAAGAAAUGACCCUGACUUUUCACCGGCCCGGCCUCCCAUGAGCUAGCGGAUGCUUAAGAGACUUCAGAACAGGGCUGGGUGCUUCCUUUUAGAAAUGCUGUGUUUAUUGGGGGGUACAGAGGCAAACAUACUUGAAAAAUAAACCACUU